CCCGCUUCUCCUUUGGGCGAUGGUGGACCUGUAGCUUCCACUCCUUGGAUUACCAGAGAGGGGACUCUGCCGUUGCUUCACCCAUCUUCUCUCUUUGGGAUCUGGACACUUGCCCGCCAUGGAGGUGACUCCUCCUGCACCUUCUCAUCGGCUGAACACCGUCUUCUUCCCUCGAUUCUACUCGGAGAAGGUGACGCCUAUUCUGAUGAUAGCAGCGGUCACAGGCUCCACUGUUCUAGCAAGCUACGUCAAUGGUGCCCUCACAAUCGCACUCCCAUCCAUUGGUCGGCAAUUGGGCUUCGGAGGCACAGACCUGCAGUGGCCCUUGACCCUCUUCUCCCUCCUUAAUGGAUCCUUUCUCCUCAUCUGUGGUGGACUGGCUGACGUCCUAGGCAGGAGAUUCAUCUUCUUCAUUGGUGUCGUCUGGCUUUGCGUCUGUGGGAUUGGCAUCACAUUCGCCAAGACGCCCAUCUUCUUCAUUGUCUUUGCCGCUUUGAUGGGUCUGGGCUGCGCCAUCCUCUCACCUGCAGCAACGGGCCUACUCAGUGCUCUUCCAGAAGGCAGGCUGCGGAAUCUGAGCUACUCAGCACUUGGUGCAGGUCAGCCACUAGGGUUCGUCCUCGGACUACUGGCGGGCGGUCUGCUUUCAGAGGACUGGCGAACCAUCAUGUAUCUCAUGGCCGGCUGUGCGGUGCUCUUCAUUGCAAUCUCCAUCGUCUCCCUCCCUGCCGAUGAGCCAACUCAACACAAUGAACGCAGUCCAAUUCAGCAGCUGCUGCACUUCGACUGGCUCGGAGCUGUCAUGUCCACAUCUGGUCUCGUCCUCCUCACAUUUGGCCUUGCCGAUGCUGGCUCGAGCGCAAGGGGGUGGAAGUCUCCCUUUGUACCUGCAACCCUGCCACUGUCGCUCCUCCUCCUCGUCUCUUUCCUCUUCUGGGAGAACAAAGUCGAGAAAGCCCACUUGCGUGGUCCUGGAAUGUCCUUGGGCCAAUCAAAUGCCACUCCACGCAACCUCCGCGCCCUCACAAACCUCUCGGGCACAAUGGCACCUCUGCUGCCGCAUUCCAUCUGGAGAGCAAAGGCCCUCAAGCCCCUCCUAUCGAUGAUCUUCUUCGCAUGGCUUUCCUUCAAUUCCUUGUCAUACUUUGCAACUCUUUACAUUCAAGAAGUUCGACAGCUGUCCCCCCUGCAAGCCUCACUGCAAUUCUUGCCAAUGGUCGUGACGGGUAUCCUGUACAAUGUCAUUGCCGGUCUAAUGAUGUCCAAGUUCUCUGGCCUCUGGCUCAUCAUCCCGGGUAUCCUCGGAGGGAUCGCCUCGUGUGUGAUUUUCUGUGUCAUUGGCAAAGACACUGUUUACUGGGCAGGUCUCUUCAUCUCCUUCUGCCUCGCCCCUUCAACCGACCUCGUCUUUCCCGUAGCACAACUCUAUGCUUGCUCCUCUGCAGGACCCUCUCGAGCAGCUCUGGCAGGAGGUCUCUUCAAUACUACGACUCGUCUGGCUACCUCUCUAGGUCUGGCAAUCACCGCCAGCAUCUCUUCUGCCGUGACAAAAAAGUACGUCCAAGCCAAUGCCGAGGAGGUGUCCUCGACUUCCCCCGAAGCGCUCCUACAGGGGUAUCAUGCAGCCAUUUGGUUCUGCGUCGCCUGCUCGGGCUUGGCGAUGCUCAUUGCCUGUAUCUGGCUAAGAGACAUCGGCAUCGUUGGCUUUGACGAGGGCGGUAGCGAUAAAAAGACGGACGUGGCCAUUGCAGCUGCUUCUGUACCUAGUGCCAAUGCCGUAGCGGGUGCAAUUGCAGGCGCUGCAGCCGAUUUAGCUCCUAGCACAUCAGACUCCAAGAGUUUUCGUGGGUUUGGUGCUGGAGAUGGGACAGAAGAGGGGUUUGAACUUGGAGCACUUCCUGCAAGGGCGGUCAUUACCUCGAGGAGUCGCCAAGGAGGGGAAGGGUCGAGUUAUCGGUACGAUGCAAAGGGCAAGGGCAAGGGGUGCGUCGAAUUGGGGGAAUUGCGACCUGUCAAGUCAGAUGGCUGGGACUAGAAUAGCCACAAGAGGCAGACCGAAAGUGAUGUGCUGGAUCAUCGGCCGUUCGUUCAAUUGUGUACACAAUAUAUUCAGCAUGCUCUUAUAGACUUGGUAUUCAGGCCCCGCACCGCCCUAUUUCUCUCCUCGAUUCACCGAUUGUCUUCCUUCUCCUUCUUCCUCUCCCCUAUCUCUUAUUGCUGAUGCGUAGUCGAGUACUCCUGGGUCUGUCGAGCCAUCUGCUCCUCGAGGGAGGGGGCCGUCCCAUCACCAUAAGUCCCACUCGUGGCCUCCCACCCCUCAUU